CAAUCUUCAUUUGUAAAUAUGAAUGCGGAUGGACCUGUUGUCAACGUGCACGUGUUGUUCUUUGCUAAAUCCCGUGAAUUAGCAAACACUCCACGAUCGACAGUGGAUGUACCCACUGAAAUUACUGCCACCGAACUGCUGGACCACCUGGUGUCCAAAUUUGGCCUGACCUCCAUCCGGGAUAACUUGAUUUUGGCCCACAACGAAUCGUACAUUGACAACCUGAGUGAUAGAAUUCUGUUUAAGGAAGGAGACGAACUCGCCGUCAUACCGCCACUGAGUGGAGGCUAACCAAUCCGCCAUGGAUCACGUGA